AUGCGGACAGGCGGGCGGCGCGGCGCGCUGGCUGGCGGGCGGCGCGGCGCGCUGGCUGGCGGGCGGCGCGCUGGCUGGCUGGCGGGCGGCGCGGCACGCUGGCUGGCGGGCGGGCGGCGCGGUGCACUGGCGUGGCGCGCUGGAGUGCGCGCCGGCGUGGCGCGCUGGCGUGCGCGCUGGCGUGACGCGCUGGCGGGCGCGCUGGCGUGCGCGCUGGCGAGGCGCGCUGGCGUGCGCGCUGGCGGGGCGCGCUGGCGUGACGCGCUGGCGGGCGCGCUGGCCGUGCACGCUGGCGGGGCGCGCUGGCGUGCGGAUUGGCGGGCGCGCUGGCGUGCGCGCUGGCGUGACGCGCUGCCGGGCGCGCUGGCGUGCGCGCUGGCGGGGCGCGCUGGCGUGCGCACUGGCGGGCACGCUGGCGUGCGCGCUGGCGUGCGCGCUGGCGUGACGCGCUGCCGGGCGCGCUGGCGUGCGCACUGGCGGGGCGCGCUGGCAUGCGCGCUGGCGGGGCGCGCUGGCGUGCGCGCUGGCGUGACGCGCUGGCGGGCGCGCUGGCGUGCGCGCUGGCGGGGCGCGCUGGCGUGCGCGCUGGCGGGGCGCGCUGGCGUGCGCGCUGGUGGGGCGCGCUGGCGUGCGCGCUGGCGUGCGCGUUGGCGGGCCUUCUGGCUAGGGCACUGGCGGGCCUGCUGGCUAGCGUGCUUAGGGCAGACGGGGGGGGGGGGGGGGGCACGCCAAGGCUAG